GGUGUUGUCAAGACUCACCAUCCACACCAGCCAACUCCCAACGACAAUCUAUUCUUUUCUGAAACGACAAAGUCAUCUCCAGGUGAAGACAGAAUGGCAACUGCACAGUUGGCGUUGGUCCUGCUAGGAGUCCUCGCUAUUGCACACGGUCUUGUUGCUCCCCAAUAUCAAGGUACAUACCCCAAACAUUGCCGUCCCCCAUGUGGAAAGUACUGUGAAUUCGACUACGAACUUGACCACAAUGGCUGUCCUCUCUGCCAGUGCAGGAACGGUCCCGUGUGUCCUCAGCUGACCUGCUACAACCAGUGUCCUUACGGUUUCAUCUACCGAAAUGGUUGUCAGACGUGCGAGUGCAAUGUUGGUAACUGCCAGCAAAGGUGUUUGAGUUAUUGUCAGGCCCCGCACUCGAGCAUCCUACCCCAUGGAUGUAACUGCAACUGCGGAGGUCAUGUGCAACCACGACCUACCUAUUAGGUAAAUGACAGAACAGUCGACAACCUUGGCAAAAUCCAAACGCAGCGCUUCAGCUGAGAACUACCUCGGCCAACUCAGAGAUUUCUAGAGCAUAAUAAAACUUCUGAAAUAAAUGCAGUGAAAGCUAU